AUGAUAGCAUCCUUUCCGGCUCGUAUCACGCAGCUCGAGCACGAGCACGAAACUCUCAAACGCGAAAAUGAUCGUCUUGACUGCAUUAACGAGGAUUUGAAGCACAGAGUCGCCAAGGGCAAUGCUACCAUUGGGAAGUUGACGACGCAGCUGUCAGAAGCUGAACUUUUCAGAUGCCGAUGUCAGCAGUAUGCUGCAGAUAUCAGCGAACGCAACAAACUGGAUCAAGAGUUCUUGCAGGAGUUGCAAGAGGAGCUCGACUACAACAAGACACAACUGGAAGAGUUCAAGGCAAAGUACAACAGAGUUGUACAAAACCAAGAGCCCCUUCAGAACCGGUUGCAGGAGCUCCAGAUAGGCCUCCUCAAUGCUGUAGAGCGCAACAAGACGUACGAAGUAUUCCUCCGCGCCUUUGUCACUGACAAUCCCCAGCACAUUGACACCUUUGCAAGCAUCGGCAUUUCCUCUGGCAGCCCACCACUGGACAACUGUGCGACAGAAGAGGUCCAAGAAGAGCUUCUAAUAUCCUUCGAUGAGAUCCCGCCGCCUUUGAUGACACGGCAUGCACCUUCUCAUAGCAAGCUCUCGGACCAUACAGGGUGUCUGCUGGAUCUUCCGUCACAGAUUGCCACGGAAGACUCGUUCACCAGGUCCAACAAUUCCGAUUGCGAUAAGUUGAAGUCCCAGCAACCUUUGCAACAACUUCCGCGCCAGCUGCCGGAGCAGCCAAGACUCAUCGGCUCGAGAAUUUCGAAAUCGCGAGAUCCUUGUGACGUCAACGCUGACCGUCUCGGGUGGAAGGAGGACUGCAAUGACAUAUGGGAGUCUCCUUUUCAGAGAGAGCGGGCGCUGCGCAAUCAUCAAGGGGCUCCGGGAGCCCACCAAGUCUCGCAGAUCCCGGCCUCUCGCAUUGUCAUUAUGACUGGCCUUCCAGACGACGUUCACAUUCAGAGAGUCCUGGAACAUGUCCGGGGUGGCCAAAUCCUCAACGCCCACACCGUUCCAAUGGGCACCGGUGACUUCAACUACAACCAUGCCUACAUUGAAUUCACCACUGCCGAGGACGCCUUCAAGUUCUACAAAUAUUCCCAUUCCCGUGAGUUUGGCUUCAUUGCCCAAAAUGGUAUCUUUGCCAAGAGCGCAGGCCUGGCAUACAAUUUCACUGAACUCAUCACUCACUUCGCCUAUUCUGAUGAUGGAAGCUUCGAAAUAUCGUUUUCCAGUCUUAAGUCGGCCAUCCACGUUCGCAAAGGCAUCCUUGAGUCGGGUCUAUUGACUGUGCCUGCUGAUGGCCGGACUGUAAUAUUCAGACCAGACCCGUGCAGUGCGCCUCUGGGAGACCUCCACGAGCCGUUCCUACCUACCUACCCGACUGCUGACCUUUCCAUUCUCGAUCCUGAGAAGGCGCAGCUUUUCAUGACCACCGAGGAGCGCGAGAAUGAAGAAAAACUUCUUCAAGAGCAGAUGUUGGAGGUGUGCGACCAGAACGACCCGGAUACCGUCGGUCUCAAAGGGAUGCUUGACCGCAAAAGCAUCGUCUGGGAGAAAACAGCCGAUUGGGACAACGCUAUCGAGUACAUGGCAUACGACCCUGAUCAGCGUAAGGAGGUGCUCCACCGCAGAGACCGCCAGUCGGGAGCCAUUCAGGUGUGGUACCAUGGAGGCUGGGUAAUGGAUCAGAUCCAAUCAUGGAAGGCAUGGGAGCACUAUAACGUCGACAGCCCCGACCCGUACACUCAGAAGAGCGCCGAUCUCUUGUAUGAAGUGACCGGCUGGGUUGACCGUCGCAAGGUGAAUCUUUACUUGAAAAGCAAAGCAGCGAGAGAGGAGAAAGAGAAGAACGAUGCUGACCACAAUGUCGACAGAUCAUUGUCGACGAUGGCGGGCUCCAAGGAGACGCUGAACAGUCGCUGA